GCCGGUAUAAGAGGCCAGCGGGGAUCCGGUGAGGCGUUCGCUUUGGGCCGGGAGGUUCUAGUGCGACCAUGGACCGGAGGAAAAAGCCCUUGGACGUCACGGCGUCCUCGUUGGUAGACCUUAAGGCUGAACUCUUCCGAAAACAAGAAGAAUUCAAACAAGAAAAACUUCUAAAAGAUGCUGGAGUUUUGGGGAAACCAAAACCAACUACUAAGAAACCAAGUAUCUGGAGCAGACAAAACACAGGAGUUUCUAAUAGAGCUGAGAAGGAUGCUGAACAGAAGAUUGAGGAACAGAAGACUUUGGACAAAGCGAGGGAGAAAUUGGAAGAAAAAGCCAAAUUAUAUGAAAAAAUGACUAAAGGAGACUUUAUAGAUGAAGAAGUGGAGGAUAUGUACCUUGUGGAUUUCACACAGAAGAUCAUAGACAAACACAAAGAAAUGGAAGAGAUUGGCGCCAAUAGAGAUUAUAGAAAGACAGAAAGAGAUGAUGAUGAAGAAACCGUUUCUGAAAAAGAUAUCCCUCCUCCCCAGGACCCCAGUGAAGAAUGGGUGGAUUAUGUGGAUUCUUUAGGGCGAUCCCGGCGCUGUAUGAGAAAGGAUUUGCCACAUCUGCUGGAAAUGGAUAAAAAUCUUCAGGGGAAGCUUUUCGUUAGUCCUGCAAAUGAAAAAACCUUACUAUCUGAAGAUAUGAGAAAAGAACUCCAGCGCCAGCAAUGGGAGGAAGAAGAGAGGGAGUCCCUGAGAAGACCAAUGGGGCCCGUACAUUACGAAGACAUUCGUGAAAAUGAGGCCCGGCAACUUGGUGUUGGAUACUUUGCCUUUGCCCGAGAUAAAGAGUUGAGAAACAAGCAGAUGAAAACUUUAGAAAUGCUGCGUGAGCAGACAACAGAUCAGAGAACAAAACGAGAAAAUAUAAAGGAAAAGAGAAAGGCUAUGUUAGAAGCAAGACUUGCCAAACUCCGACAAAAAAAGAUGAAAAAGUCUAAAGAGGAUGGAGCAGAGGAAGAAGAUAGAGAUGGAGAUGUUAUUGGGCCACUGCCACCAGAACCAGAGGUCACGCCAGCUCCUCAUACAGCUGCCCAGAGUAGCAAAGUUGAAGUCAUCGUUCAGGAGAGGAAGGAUACCCGGCCUGGGGUGCCGCACGUCCGGGAGUGGGACAGAGGAAAAGACUUUUCCUUUGGGUAUUGGUUGAAGAGGCAAUCAGAUCUCCGGGCUGAGAGAGACCCUGAGUUUGCCCCACCAUCGAAUUACUUUGUGGACCAAAAAAGAACUGGUUCUCUGAGUAGCCAGGCAUGGAACAGACCUGCACCUGCACAGAGUGACCCGGGGCAGCACUUUGGCCAGAGCCAUGACCUUGGCUCUUCACAUACAUCAUCCACUCCAGCCCGCAGCGGCCCACCACAAGCCCAGGCGGUCACUUUUGAAACUCUGGAUGAUAUGAUUUCAUAUUAUAAACAAGUGACAUGAACUUAAAAACACUAUAACUUGGGUCUGUACUGUUGAUGGUGCCUUCCUCUCCCAGAGCAGAGAAAAUAACUUAACUUUAGGGACUGAAUUGUAACUUUCUCUUCCUGUCUUUUCCCCAAGAUCCAGACUUCAGGCUGUAUUUGUCAGCAGGGAAGAAAGUGAAUGGUACUGUGGGAACUCUGGCCACUUUGCUCUUCAUUUCAUUCUAAUUGGUAUGGAGAUACCAGUUCAUCUGGAUUUACAUGUGAGCUGAGGUAGAGUAAACAUACUCUAAUACUUGAUACUAAGGAGUUUGUAAUCCUGUCUGCUUCAUACCCACUCCCAUGACUUAUCCAUAUUUAAGGGUUCCACUCCUUUCCUUUUGCCAGUACUAGCUUGUAGAUGUCUUUGUUCCAAGCAUUCAGCUUCCAGGUCAUUUGGUGGAGCAUCUGUCAGGAAGAAUUUUAGCCUGUCAAAUGAUGGCACAUGAGGGUACACUGGGAGGCAAAGUGAUCUAGUCUCCAGGAGGACCCUGACACUGAUGGAGAAUUAAGCAUAUCAUUUGAAAUGAUCAAGAAGACCAGGGAGGACUUCACAGUCCAGAAAGGUAGACAUUGACGUCACUUGCUCUUAUUAUCACCCCUUCUCGAGUGGCGAUUAUCACAGCCACCCAUAGUGGGCGUUCAUUAAGUGUGUACUGAGUGACGGGCACAUGUGGAGGUUGCUGGGCGUGAUAAGAGCAAGAGAUGCUCCUUAGCCACCAGGGUUGGUUUUUCAUCUCCGCCUGCCUCCCUGGUUCUCCCGCUCUGGGCCCUGAUCUCUCUCGGGAGCUGAGUCACCUUCACCUCAGCCUGGGUAGGAUGGACUUGUGCUGGAGUGAGGGACAGCAAGAUCCUUUUGUCUUUACUAACAACAAGUGGGUGAGCGGAGCUCCAGAAGGACUUCUGUGCCUGAGUACCAUUCCCGUCCUCUACUACUACAGCUCAGUGUCCUCUUCACAGCUGCAGACAAGCAGUAGAAGUUGACCACCAGGUCCACAGGGCUGUUAACAGCUGCCUCCCAGGCCAGUGAGUCUUGUAAGAAGGUGCUAGAGCAGGUCCUCAAAGCGCCUGCUGGAGCCUGUGGUCUCUGUUCCCACAGCACAGUGGUGUUGAUGGGAGCACCCCCGUUCUCAUUGUGUUUUGUUUUUUUUUUUGGCCACGAGGCAUGUGGGAUCUUAGCUCCCCGACCAGGGAAUGAACCUGCACCCCCUGCCUUGGAAGGCAAAGUCUUAACCACUGGACCGCCAGGGAAGUCCCCGUUCUCAUUGUGGAUUGCACGCUGGAGCACAGAGAGGGUCAGUGAUUCGGCACGUGAUAUCUAGGUGGCAGGUUGUUUAGGUGCAUGUUUGCUUCAGACUCAUGUUUUCUUCAGCACCCUCUGCUCUCAGUCUGCCCAAGUAUUGAGCAGUAAUAGACAAAAUUCCAAAUUCUUGCAAACUUAACCUCUGAAGUCCAGAUCAAGGGUGGAGUUGCAAGACCUAUUAAAUGGUCAUUUUGUCAGCCUGAUCAGGCAAAUACCUCUCCUAACAAAAAUGAAAACCAACUGGCCCAGCUGCCUUUUCCUGCAGAAAUUGACAAACUCAUCCUAAAAUUCAUAUGGAAUUGUAAGGGACCGAGAAUAUCAAAUAUUCAAAACAAUUUUGAAUAAGAACAAAGUUGGGGGACUCUCUUCCUGAUUUUAAGACUUACUACAAAGCUACAGGGAUCAGAACAAUGUGGUACUGGACUUCUCUGGUGGCACAGUGGUUAAGAAUCUGCCUGCCAAUGCAGGGGACAUGGGUUUGAGCCCUGAUCCGGGAAGAUCCCACAUGCCGCGGAGCAACUAAGCCUGUGCGCCACAACUACUGAGCCUGCACUCUAGAGCCCGGGCCCCUAGAGCCUGUGGUCUGCAACAAGAGAAGCCACCACAAUGAGAACCCUGCACACCACAACUAGAGAAAGCUCGCGUGCAGCAACGAAGACCUAACGCAGCCAAAAAUAUAUAAAUAAAUAAAUAUAUAAAAAACAAAAAAACAAUGUGGUACUGACAUAUUGAUAAAUCACUGAAACAGAGUUGAGAGUCCAGAAAUAAACCCAUACGUCUAUGGUCACUUAAUUUUUUGACAGUGGUGCCAAAAUCAUCCAGUAGGGACAGAACAGUCUUCUACAGAUGGUUCUGGGACAGCUGACUCGCCACAUGCAAAACAGUGGACUUGGACCCAUACCUCUCACCACAUAAAAAACAAAAGCACCUCAAAAUUGACCAAAGGCUUAAAUGUAAAACUGUAAAACCAACUGAAACAGCUUGUAGGACAAAAGGAGAGGAGACAAAAAGAAAAAUUGGAAUACUAAAAGGAAAAAAUUAUUAGAUAUCCUAGAACCAUAAGGAAAAAUAGAAGAAAAGAGAAGGUGAAUAAUAAGAGAAAGAUGGGAAGAGGGUGUGUUUAUAAGGUAGAGCAGAAGGUCUCGAGAGGCAUAGUGUAGAGAAGGGAUGGGAAGACUAGGCAGGCAGCAACAAGCGCAUGAGUAUAGGAGGCAGUGGUCACGGAAGGGGCCCCCAAAUGACCUUUUGUCCUUGCCCAGGGCACCCACGGUGGACGGCAGAGCAGUCUGUGCACGUUGGCUGAGGGUCACUGUCGACUAAUAACUGUAAGUUGGAUAUUCUCUAGGAUUUCAAAGACUGUAUAAGCCUCUUUCUAAUCCCAUUUUAACAGCAUAUAUUGAGUGUUUUGUGAGCCCAGUUGUUUUAUCCUCUUCCAUUUCAGACUCGGGGUCCUUCAGUGUUGACACAAUUCCAGUUUUACCGUUUCUUGUGGGCCAGUUUUGUAGGAGUGUGUCCAGCAGAUGGCACUGGAGUUCUUAGGCUUCAGACCCGUGCUCUGGUAGCACUUCCAGUAGAAAUGAGGUGUAAGCUGUGUGUGUCACUUUCAGUUUUCUAGGAACCACAUUUAAAAAGUGAAAUUAAUUUUGUGGUAUACAGUCAUCCCUCUGUAUGUGCCAGGACCUGCCAUGAAAACCAAAAUCCGUGGAUGCUCAAGUUCCACAGGCGGCCCUCUGGACCCACAGUUCUGUAUCUGUGGUUUCAACCAACUGUGGAUCCUGUAGUGCUGUAGUAGUAUUGAAAGAUACACGCAUAAGUGGACCCUCACAGUUCAAACCCAUGUUGUUCAAGGGUCAACUCUAUUUAAUCCAGUAUAUCCAAAGUAUUUCAACAUUUAAUCAAUAUACAAAACGUUUAAUGGGAUAUUUUGCUUUUCUUUUCACAUCCAGUCUUCAAAAUCCACUGUGUAUCCAACAGCCCAUCUUAAUUCAGAUGCUAAAUUUUCAUCAGGAAUACUUGAUCUGUAUUUAGAUUUCAUAAAAUAAACAUUUGAAAGUAGAUUCACAUACCCAGGUUCGUCCAAACGUACUUAAAACAUUUAAGAGUUUGCCAAUAACUGAAUUGAUUAUCAAGUUUUAAAUUUAAUAAAAUGUAGUUCCUUAGUCAUACUACACCACAUUUCAGAUGCUCAAAAGACACAGGUCUAGUGCUACUGAAUGCACAGCACAACUCUGAAUGAUCUGUUUUUACAUGUUUUGUGGUCUGACUAUACAUAACUCUCCUGUUAGUAACUAAAGGAUUGGCAAACACAUCUCUUCCAAGCAUACAUUAAGCAUUCACGCUACUCCUAUGGCUUGUUUGACUUGGGUGCCAGCAGUGCUGAAAUCUUCUAUCAGAAAGCAUGACCACACCUCGUUCGUGGCAUUGUGGAGCUAAGCGAAAUGUUUUGGAUCAGAAAUUGCUUUGAAUUACUUGUUUUCAUUGUAAUCUUUUCUCCAGGCCUUUGUGUGUUUUGAUACAGUUCGUUUGAAUUGGCUAAAUAAAUCAUUUUGUUUGCUUGCACAAUUCCCAAAGGAGAAACUUUAAAUCCAUAUACAUGAGACUCCUGCUAUGUUUAGCCGUGCAUUUGCUGAAGACUUGUGGGAUAAUUUAUUUCCUCUUAAAGCCAUAGUGCAGCCUGGGAGAUGGCUAUCAGCUGACCUUUUUGUGACACACAGAUGAGGCAGUAGAAUUUAGAAUUUGGAGUGGACGUGGGUACUGGUCUUUACAGUUAAUACAACACAGAGUAGCCACGCCAUAUGUGUUUAAUUUUUUUUCAGCCAGUAAAUUGAACUAAGUCAGUUAUACGUCAAGCAGUUCCUGUAAAAAACUAUAUGGCUAAGGUAAGUCAUGAUAAUUGAAAAGAAUUUGUUAACCUGCUGAAAACCAUGAGAGAAAAUGAAACUCCCCUGGUCCUGGCACCUGCCCUGCUGGCUGAUAGGUGGUGAGGCAUUUGCUGGUGUGGACCUGGACGUUGGCUUAACGUUCAGAGCAUGUGUGGGGGGCGGGGCAGAGUGGGGAGAAUGGUGGGAUGGUGUAGAUCAUUGUCUAGGAAGAUGGGAAAACCAGAACAAUCAAAAGAAUCAGGGUGUUUUAGUGAAAACCUGUCACCCAGGCCGAGUAUUGAUCUUCUGUUACCGUUUCUCGGUAAAUCCCAGCUGUUCGUGUAACCAUGCCCAGUAAAUGUACGUCUGUGCAGUGAUGGGAGUGGUCACAAAUACUACUUGUUUUCUACCCUCCAUUUAAACAGCAUCUUUCCCCACUACAUUUCUAACUGCCAUGUUCUCUAACUCUAAGCUUACCUGCUCGGUGGUGGUUUUGCCUGGUUGUAAAAACCUUCCCUGGGGUACGAUGUGUUCUCUUUCUAUUUGGUCGUUAUCAGCAAGUAAGCUUCCCUGAGCUUGAACACGGGUGUAGCUCUUGACCUCUCAGUCCCCACACCACUCCUCUCUGCACAGACAGUCUCGGUUGUUCAGGGUUGAUAUGGAAACCAGGAAAUACAAGAAUGGGCCCUGCUCCCAGCCCAGGUCUCCCAGGUCACAAGCCUGUCUGAGAACAUGCUGCUUUCUUUUCAGGGACCCUUGUUGAUUGUCUUCUUUCCUAAAGUGUCAUCUUUACCUUAAAACUGAAAGACUUUGUAUCUCUGCUUCCAAUUAUGAUCAGCAUAGGUGUUUAUGGGAUGUGUAAUCAAUGUAGACCUACCAUCUGUGUGUUUUUUUUUUAACAUCUCUCAAAACUGAGCUCAAGUUAUUUUUUGC